GUGAACACAAGGACUGUUGACAGCGCCAACAUCCGGGUUCGCCGACGACGCAACGACAGCUUCGCCGACAUGGACAGGAGCUGACGACGCCGCCAUGGCCACCCUACACACACAGCUCGCCACUGACAAGCAGAUGACUGAACUGAGAUUCAUGGGGCCAUGAGGGUAACGGAAGGGGAGACCUUGAAACGGGUGUUCGUGGGGCGGGGGGAGGAGCUGGAGCGGCUGAAACUGGACAUCGGGAGCUGCAGGCCCACACACUCCUCCUGUAUGGACAGGCCCUGGUGGGCAAAACCUGCCUCCUGCUGCAGGCGGUGGAAGAACUUCGAUGCGAGAGAGAACAAGCAGGCCUCGGCGGGAAUUACGUCAUCACAGUCGACUGUUCCGCUGCCACGGAUUGGCCGGGAGUCAUGCUGGCGAUGUGUCAGGCCAUUUCAUUGGACGAGAACUUCGCCAACGAGAACCUCCUGGUAGGGGCGCUCCGCAAGCGUUUCGAGUCGGGCCGCACCAACACCAACACCAACGCCAGCACGAAUGGCGGCGUCUGCUGCUACUGUUGUUGCUGCUUCGCGUCAAUGGCCUGGAGUGCACGGGCCGUGACGUCGACAGCCUGGUGCAGUGCGCGCAUGCGCUGACCACCGCCGGCGUCACGACGGUGGUGACCUCACGUCGCCAUCUGCAGCUGCCGCAUUGCCUGGAGGUUCCGCCAUUGACUCCCGACGACGCCCUGCAGCUGCUGCGUCACCAUGCGCCAGAGGUCAACGUCACGGCUUACGCCGACUUGGUCAAGCGACACUGCCAUGGGUUGCCACCCUUGGUGGCGCGGAUGGCUCGGCUGGUCAGUGGCCAUGGUGACUUCGCAUUGUCACCUGCCGAACUUUCACAGGCGCUGGCAGACGACCCCGGCCUGCUGGUGGAGGGACUGGAGAAGGAAGGCGACAUGAUGUUCAAGAGCAUGAGCCCGGAAAUACGUGAUCACGUGACGCAGAUCGUGCAGCUGCUCGGGGGCCGCUUCUCGCUGGAGCUGCUGCGUGCGGUUACGGGUGACGAGGAGGACGCACCCAAGGCUAAGGUCGUUGUUCGACGCCUGUGCGACGAGGGGCCGCUGAUCAUCAACACCACCUCCCAGCAGUUGUGCGUGCAGCCGCUGCUGGUGCAUCACAUCCGCCGCAUGGGCCACAUGAACGCAGACGACCAGGCCAGGUUCCGCGUCAUGACCUUUCUGGGUCGAGUACUCUCUCACGCGGAGAACAAGUUAUAUUUGCAAGGCCAGGACACCAUAUACGGCCAUCUCCAUGGCGACUGGCCGCACCUUGAACACCUGCUACGACAGGCGAUACACUGCACCUGCAACACGUACCCGGCUUUCCUCCAGGUGGCGCUGGGAGCUGACCGCCUGCUGGUGAAGUGCUACCCGCAGGAGGCGCUGCAGUUCUACAAGGACAUGUCGGUGGCCGCCGUUAGGUUCGGCACUUCUCACGACCAGGCUGUGCUGCAGGGGCUGAUGGGAAUGGCCAUCACACAAGGACAAGCAGGCACGGAGUGGGAGGACGCCUUGCGCUUCUUCGACAAUGCCCUGAGCGUGCUGCAGAGAGACCGCAGCUCCAUUCGACUUCUGCAGCUGCUGUGUGACACAGGCAUCGCCUACUUCCGGUUGAGCCGCCAUCAGGAAGCCGACAGGUAUUUGAGACAAGCGCUGGAGGUCAGCAUUGACACAGAUGUGGAGGAUGAACGACAGCUGGAGUUUUUACUUGUUCGCAUUCGAUGUUUUUUGGCUCUCCCCGCCAUGUUUAGAGGCUACCUGGAGGAGAGCAAGCAGCUGCUGCUGGAGACCUUGGAGCUAUGUUCGCAAGUCAUGCCUCAUCACCCAGAUAAAGCUAUCCUCGUCAACAGCCUCGGCCUUAACUAUGAACGCAGUGGCGAGAACCAGGACCUGGCUCUACAGUACUACCUGCAGUCUCUGGCGGAGAGGCGCCAGUAUGCCUCAGUGGCCGAGGGCGACUUGGUGCCGACCCUCAACAACGUUGGGAUGCAGUACUGCAGACGACACAACUUUGAUUUAGCUUUAAGGUUCUUGGAUGAAGCAGCUGAUAUCAGAACCCGCUGUGGAAGAUGGCAUUACUACACAGCACUGACUCAGCAACACUUGGGCCAGGUGUGUAUUCAGAGGGGGGACUUCCGACGGGCUCACGAGCACCUUGCCGAAGCCGCGUGCGUGUACGCCCGUUGCACGCCGGGACAUGAUGUGCGGUGCAAGGUGGCGCUGUGCCGCGCGCACGUGCACAUCACGCCACCGUGCCUCGACGUGGCGGAGACGAGGAAGCAGCUGCAGCUGGUGAAGGAGCUGGCCGACAAGUGCGGCGACGACUUGAGCGACUCCGGGCUGAUGGUCCUGCUGUCGGCGGUCGAGCACUCCAUGCAGCUGCUGGGCUGGCGCUCGAGAGACGCCAUCUCCCUCUUGACAUCAAUCAGAGAGCGCCUGAGUCGUUUUGAUGGUGACACCUCGCAGCAACUCCGUGACCAUCAGAAUAUUUUGGACGAAGCGACUGCCGUGGCAACUGCGCCGGAAGUGGCGCCAGAACAGAGCGAGAUACUGGCGAUGCACGUACAGGACGCGUGCCAGAUGUGCGUGUCCAUGAACGAAUGCACCGAUGUGCGCGCCCUCUGGCGGGACGCGGAGACGGUGGUGCAAGACAAGAGGAAGGUGCUGGACAGGCUACGGUCAUCAGGCACCGUCACUCGUGUCCUGCGAUUGCCUGCUGCGCAGCAGGAGACGAGCGGUCGCAGGAGUGCCGCCACCGCAGCAACAGCGGAAUCAUUGGAAAGGCGAUCGACGAUUAGCCGAGUCCCCUCCGAGUCCGUGGACACGUCGUCCGAGUCCUCCCGACAGUCCUCCUUGACUCACGAUGGUGACCCCAGCGACAGGCUGACCGUGCCGCAACAGGAGACUUUACGUGACCAAGACCAGGCCAGUUCCCUUGCGGUCCUCCUCCCGAAAGACUCCUCCAAACUGUGGAUUAAAGAGGAGAUUGACUCGUACGUCAAUGCUGUUCAGAGUCCCACCGAACUUCAGCAGACUCAUGUGAACCCAGAGGUCGUAGGCGUCUGGCCUGCUGUUGCAGCAGGUGUCAUGCAGCCUCUAAACAUCCACGCGGCAGCGCCCACUUCAUUCCAGCCGCAUGAUGACGUCAGCCAGGCAUUGUCGCGCGCGCCUCCCUUGACGCCUGAAGAGAGGGCGCGGAGCACGGUGCUGGCGGAACAAGAGCGGGCCAUGGAGAAGCUGGCGUUGCUGGAGGAGUCACCUCCCCACCACGACUUCCGGCCAUCCGACUCCGGACGGACAGGAAAGAUGGGGCAGACUUCCGAGAUCGGACUCAGGAAACCGACAACACCCGCAGUCCAUGGCCUUGGAAACAAAGUAGGAAUCUCGGAAUCCUGCUUGGGAGAGGAAAGUGCGGGGUCAGCGGGGUCGUCGUCGUGUGAUGCCGGUUGGGCGAGGACGGUGGCCGAGAGCGUGAGACCAGUGAAAGUGGACAAACUGUCGGACUUGUCGUCGUCGUCGUCCUCAUCGUCGGGGGCAGUAAGCGGCCGACGUUGUAUACGAGGCAUCGAUCUGGUGCUCCAGGAUCAGGCUGAGGCCCUUGCCCAUAUUACGCGGCAGCUGAGCUCGUGCAGCAGCGACGGUGUCACGCAGGCCCACUCGCAGCACAGCAGCGCUCCCCUUACACCCUAUUGUAGCGACAGCAGCAGCAGUAGCAGCCACAUAAGCGCCCCUCGGGAACCCUCGGAAAACGACGAACGCCUGGACGACCCCAAUCACGUGUGUAUGAACGUCAACUGCAAAUGCUCGUUUGCGAGGGUCCGCUACUCAUAAUGGCAGGAAACAUGUCUCAUAGCUGUUUUGCUCCUUCCAUUCAGAGGCUUGAGUCUCGUAGGUGUGAUACUUAGCAAGCGACUCAAAAGUUGUGACCUCAGACCCCGUAAGUCACCAUCAAAUUUCGAUGGAGUUUUAAGUCUAUCAAAAUCCAUUUCCGGGAUCCACUUGUUGGGGAUGGGGUAGAAGAAAUGACCAAAGUUUGACAGCCGAAAAGUUAAAAAAAUACUAUAUUGCAACAGAUUAGUGGCAUAUGUCAGUGCAAAACACAAAUUAAUUACCAAAAUUGUAUCUUUUUAAAUGUGUGUGGUGUGGCUUUGGCUUGUCAACCGUGAGCCGAACGAAUUUUUUUUUUUUCACUUUUGUACACUUGUCAUCUUUUAAAGGUCUAGUAAAAGACUAGGUAAAACUCAGUAAACUAUUUCGUGACGUCACGUUUGUCCAUAGAUAUGCCAAAUUAAUAAACGGUCCCAGCUCUCCUAUUGGUUGUAACACAUCUGACGUCUGUGUUCUUGACAUCUUUCUGUGGUGGUGUUGCUUGAAGGCGUGGGUCUGUAGAUCAGGAGGGGCUGUUGGGCAACAGUAUGCACCCGAGACGACAGAAACAAUACUUGCAUUGUCUAUAACAGCAUUGAGCUUCACUCAUUAGAGAAAAAGCUUGUAUAUCAUUAGAUUUCUAAAUAAAAACAGCGCCCUAAUUUUAAAAUUUUGAGAUGAAUUAUGCGAGGUUUUCAUUAAAACAUUUAAUUUAAACAUUGUCAUAUCGCCCCUUGUAAUAAAACGCCAUAGGACAAAACAAGCCUCCAGCAAUGAACACGCAUGUCGAUACCUGAUAGGUAAAAAAUUCUGAGGUAUGUCCUUUAAAGAAACUAUUUCCUUCCGUCCAUAUUGUUUAGUAAAAGGGGACGUUCAGCUUAACGACAUACACACAGAUAUGAUCGCACACAAAGAGAACCCGAAAAAUUAUUAAUAUAUCGACUAUAUAGCAUGGUCAUAAUUUACAUACAUGUAUUUUAACCAUCUCUUUAUAUGAAUAGAUAUAUAUUUAUAAAGCCAUCACAAGCCUUUUAAAUAUACUUAUUUCAUCUUUAUAUGUGGAAGGUAGCUGUUGCAGCUUGAUUUACAGGUUUUCAAAUGAAUUGUGCACGCUGGCAGCAGCUUCUGGCUACAUAUCUUGUGCCUGAUAUGACAUGCUAUGGUAUGUUGAAUGCGUACCUGUUCUUUUUUUGUGUUAAGGGCCAUGAAUCUGCCUACAUGACCUGGAUAUUGCGCUAUAGAAGUUCAUUGUAUUAAUACUAUUAUUAUUUUCAUUUACCUAUCCUUUGAUGGUGCCAGCUGACGACCAGACAACAGUUGCUGGUCAUUGGGAUGAGCUUUUGUGAACGCAGUGACUGACAAGGCUCACCACUAAUUAAGCCCCCAUUUAGUAGCGGUAAUCAAUAGUAUGGCCAUUCUUUUAUAUUUGCUCGUCAUUUGUUUUUCUCUGUCCACCUCGAUGUUUAUCACCCUUCAGUUACCCUGACAAAAGUGUUUUAUUGGCUCACACGACCAAACCAGGCAAGACUGCGCUGCUUCAGUGUUACCACGUAGGAAAACCCACCAUAUGCUCCAUACUCAUUCAUUGAAAUUACGAUCUAUGUUGGAUGUUACAGCUGGUAGCAAACCUGAUGAUGUUGCUGCACCUAAACCUGUUCCUCACCAUUGCUAUUGGCAUGAUGCCAUGGUGAUAUUGAGCAGUUUGGAUAACUUUGGGUGCCACUUUGCUUAGUAGGCUAAUGGAUCUGUAGUCUUUGGCAAUGUGUAAUUUUUUUUUUCAGAAGGGGUAUGACUAGUAUUUGCAUCCUAUUUUUGUGUUCCUAUAGUUCUUGGCAAAGAAUAGUGAGGACCUUCAUUGUUUCUUGCCUUGCUCAGCUAAGACUUUUAUCAACUCCCGGUGACUUCCCUCCCUUUAGAGUGUGGGCAGCUCUCUCUCCCUUACAGGCAUUUUACAUACACCUAUAGGUGAACAGUUCUCAUUAGUUGUAAAGAUCUUUUGGUCAAAUAUGUGAAGAAACUUUGCAAAUCUUUACAUGGCCAUCAUAUAAUAAGAUUGAUAAAUAUAGCCUUGUAUUUAUGACAAAGUGUUUGGUUAAAAUUGCCUUUUAGGGAGGCAAUUGAUGUGAAAUCUUCCAUAUAGCAUACUGUUAUCAGGACAAAUAAAAUAUGAGUGAUCAAA